UCAUGCUUACACACGCGCAUUGUGGUAAAACAAUAAAUAGAGAUAGGUUAACUAGACCCAGCACUCAUUCCUGACAACUUCGUUUUCUGACCUAGGGAGCGGGUUUCUGGGCGGCGAGUAUGCCUUCAAGUCUUGGCUUCACAGCAGCAGUGCCUGUGGCCUACUGUGUGAUAGUGAACCCCAGCCAUCCAAUUCCGUUGUAGUUACAUAAAAACUGCAUUCUAGCAAUAGCAAACCUCUGUCAACUUUGAUCAGGAUUAACUUCGGGUGUGUUUGUAUGAACUAAGUGUACAUAGAAGUUUUCCCAUGUGAAAAAAGCGAUACUUGGCUCUUUAACGCUACCUCCUCGGUUGCGCGGUACGAGCUCUAGCCCCCCAGUUACGCCCUACCGGAGACUGUCCUCGUGCAGCGUUAGACACUGUAGGCUACAGCUGACUGUACCAGCGGAAACGACUGUCGGUCUUGGUGGGAUGAUUGACUGAAUACAAGGAUAACGCACAUUACAAGGAAUAUUAUCAGAACAAGGAAUCGAAGAAAACCUUGUGAGUCGAACCAAGAGCGUAGGUAUGGCGGAUCAGACAGCAGAGAGGCCUGGGGAGCUGGGUGAGUCGGUGAGCAUCCCCAUGGAGGAGAGGCUGCAUAACAGCGAAGCCGGAGCUCCUCAGGACGCCUCCAUGCUGACCCACCUGAAGAAGGUGGAGAACCAGAUCACCGAAGCCCAGCGCUUCUCCCACCUGCCCAAACGCUCCACCGUGGACCUGGAGUUCACCAACCUCUCCUACACCAUCCGGGAAGGGCCCUGCUGGAGGAGGAGGGGGUUUAAAGCUUUGCUGAAGUGCCUGUCCGGAAGGUUCUGCAGCAGGGAGCUCAUCGGCAUCAUGGGGCCCUCGGGGGCUGGAAAGUCCACCCUGAUGAACAUCCUGGCUGGGUACAGGGAAACAGGGAUGAAGGGCCAGAUCUUGGUGAAUGGGAAGCCCAGAGAGUUGAGGACCUUCAGGAAGAUGUCCUGCUACAUCAUGCAGGACGACAUGCUGCUGCCCCACCUCACCACCAGGGAGGCCAUGAUGGUCUCUGCCAACUUGAAGCUGAGUGAGAAUAUGGAAGUGAAGAAGGAGCUGGUGAAUGAGAUCCUGACGGCGCUGGGUCUGCAGGAGUGUGCCCACACCCGAACCAGCUCCCUGUCGGGGGGGCAGUGCAAACGGCUGGCCAUCGCUCUAGAGCUGGUCAACAACCCCCCUGUCAUGUUCUUUGACGAGCCCACCAGCGGUCUGGACAGUGCCUCAUGCUACCAGGUGGUCUCCCUGAUGCGUUCUCUGGCCCUGGGGGGAAGAACCAUCAUAUGCACCAUCCACCAGCCCAGUGCAAAGCUCUUUGAGAUGUUUGACAAGCUUUAUAUCCUGAGCCAGGGACAGUGCAUCUACAAGGGGAGUGUCCCUCACCUCAUCCCCUACCUGAAGACCCUGGGCCUGCACUGCCCCACCUACCACAACCCUGCCGACUUCAUCAUCGAGGUGGCGUCGGGGGAGUAUGGGGACUUGAACCCGGUGCUGUUCGAGGCUGUUCAGGGGGGGAUGUGUGCCUUAGAGGAGAAGAAGAACCUGUCAGACAAGAAAGACCCUGCAGCCGUCUGCCCCACAAGGUGCCCCAACGAUUCAGGACACAUAGAGAGCCACACGUUUGCCACCAGCACCCUGACCCAGUUCUGGAUCCUCUUCAAGAGGGCGCUCAUCACCAUCUGCAGAGACCAGGUUCUGACUCACCUCAGACUGAUGUCCCACAUCUCCAUCGGCGUUCUGAUUGGUCUGCUCUACCUGAACAUUGGUAACGACGCCAGCAAGGUGUUCAACAACACGGGCUUCCUGUUCUUCUCCAUGCUCUUCAUCAUGUUCGGAGCCCUCAUGCCCACCGUGCUGACCUUUCCCCUGGAGAUGUCAGUGUUCCUGAGGGAGCAUCUCAACUACUGGUACAGUCUGAAGGCUUACUACCUGGCCAAGACCAUGGCAGACAUACCCUUCCAGGUGCUGUGCCCUAUCAUGUACUGCAGCAUCGUGUACUGGAUGACAGAGCAGCCUCCGGAGGCCUGUCGCUACCUGCUCUUCGUGGCUCUGUCCACCUGCACAGCCCUGGUGGCCCAGUCCCUGGGGCUGCUGGUGGGGGCCGCCUGCCCCUCCCUACAGGUGGCCACGUUCGUGGGCCCCGUCACAGCCAUCCCCGUCCUGCUGUUCUCCGGCUUCUUCGUCAACUUCGACACCAUCCCCAGCUACCUGCAGUGGAGCUCCUAUGUGUCCUACGUCCGGUAUGGCUUUGAGGGUGUGAUUUUGUCCAUAUAUGGGAUGAACCGCUCUGAGUUGGAGUGUCCGGGGAAGGUGUGUAAGUUCCAGCGGCCAGAGGAGGUGCUGCAGCUGCUGGACGUGGAGGACGCCAAGCUCUACAUGGAUUUCAUCAUGCUGGGCAUCUUCUUCAUCAUCUUCAGACUGGCCACGUAUCUGGUGCUGCGAUACAAGAUCAAGUCUGAGCGAUAGACCUUGGCCCGGGCCUUCCUCGCUGCCUUGGUCUGGUCUGAUCAGGUCUGGUCCGGUCUGAUCGGGUUUGGUCUAGUCUGGUCUGUGCACAGCAACUAUUCAGCACAUCUUUUGCGAUCCACUUUCUGUCCUUCCCACAAACUAUUCCGGUCCCUUCUGGGAUCCACUCUGUUCAUCCAGGGACUCUUGUUUUGGCUUCAAAUCUCAGAACCACAAAAUGCUGCUCAGAAGAAGAUCCUUCUGGAAGAUGAUGGUUUGGUGCUUAUACAUGGUGGUAGCAGAGAGAAGACAAGACGGGUUGUCACACACACACACACAUUCACGUUUUAUACCUCAACUACUAUACAUUGACUGGACUUAAGACCUCACUAUUGUGGACAUCAGGUACUGUGGAGGGCACCACACACAGACUGGUCUAAGGACCCCUGCCUGCAGACAGAACCAAAAACAGAGAAUGUUUACAUGUCGUUUGUAACCAAGCCGACCCGAUCGACAUUCUGGAGUGGCACUGCAGUGAUUGAGUGUUUGUGUGAAUGAGUGAAUCUGAAGCAAUCAAGUGACCAUUAUUCAGGCCUCUUCUCACCCUGCCUCUCAGGUCCAUUAAGGUUUGGUUACUGACAGACAGUCGCCUGGCUAAGACAUGACCGCAAUCUUUGUUUUAUGUUCAUGAAAGUCAAAUCUUAAUAGAUUUUUCAAAUGUUUUUUUUUUAUAUUGUGAGAUGUAGUCUUUCUCAUGUCGAUUUAUAAUGUCUCAUUAUACCUAUAAAGAUAUUAACGUAUAUAUAUAUAUAUAUAUUUUUUAAUCCCACGUUUUUUUUAUUGUGCUACUAUUAUAUGUACUGUAUGUGUAAAAUACAUUGUUGAGUUUAGUUUCAUUUCAAAGAGAGGCAGUUCACGUGUAGCCUUAGCCGCUCAAAACAGUCCUGAUAUCUGUGGCCUUCUAUAGCCGAGUGUCAAUGGACAUAUUCGGGUCAGACUUUCUCAAACAACCCAAAUGUGGGUGGGACAGCUUUUUUUAUAACAGCCAUUGGAUGCAGCCAUUAAGUAAUGUUCUUCAUAAAAGUGAGGGUGACCGACUUGCCGUUUUCAAAGUGUGAAAUAAAACCUAUGCCCCUGCCCAAACUCAUUUAUAUCAGUUUUGACCUUGAUCUUAUUGAUGGCUUGAGUAGCUGUGUUGGUUUGUUGGCCAUCCAGCAGGUAGCUGUGUUUGCACUGUGAAAACAAGGGAUCAGCAGGGGGAAGAUAACCAAAGAGCAUCAAGAAGAAACACCAUAGUGAUUUUUUCACCAUCUUGUUUCAUCUUAAUUGUGACAAUCCUGAAUGGUCUACCUGUGGCCAAGUCCUAUGAUGUUUAAAUUAUGACAAAACAAAUGAUCUUUCAGUCAAACUGUACAAAGCAAAUUUAUGCUGUUAAAAUAAAGCCUUCUCACUUGUCUAACUUAGGACAAUGUUUUA